AUGGUGGGCAGCGUGUGGGCAACUCUGGGGCUUUCCCUAACCUGCAUCUCAGCCCUCAGCCUCAUCUCUCCUGCCUGGUUCCAGACCACCACUUUCUCCUUUGGUGUCCUCACCUGCUGCUCCUGGCUUCAGGGUAACAGCUGGAACCAGAGCUGUGGGACCUUCAGGUCCCCAGAUUAUAUUCCUGACUUUGCCUGGAAGGUCUCAGCUGUGAUGCUCCUUGGAGGCUGACUCCUAUUGGCCUUCAGUGCAAUUCUCUUCCUGUCCUGGGCCUUAGCCCCCAAAGGGCUGUGCCCAAGGAGGGGCAGCGGCCCAAUGCCAGGGGUGCAGGCAGCAGCAGCCAUCGCCACCAUUGUGGGCCUGCUGGUUUUCCCGAUCAGCUUGGCCUCCCCAUUUGCCAAGGAAGCCUGCUCAGCCUCCUCUGUGUACCACGGUGGUCAGUGCCAGCUGGGCUGGGGCUAUGUGACUGCCAUCUUCCACACAGUCCUGGCCAGCCUCCUGCCCAUGUUCAGGUGGCUCCACGUGACCGAGGUCCAGCGGAGGACCAUCCUCUUCUCCAGUGACACUGAGAGCAUCAUCCUUGUGCCAGAAAUGAGCUUUAGGAUGGACAAAUGA